AAAAAGAUGGAUAGAAAUGAGACGAGAGGCUCUCUUUUCUUCUUCCUUCAGAUAAACACACACACACUCUCCACUGUGUGUCUGUGAAUCCCCACUUUCUCUCUCUUCUCCCUUUCUCUCUCUACAGCCAUGGCCUCCAUCACUUCCACCUCGACUACCGCCGCCGCCGUUGCGAAACUCACUCACCUAUCCACCACAAACCCCAAUCCCUCAAAACCCACCAAAAUUAUCCUAUCCUCUUCCUUCACUCCAUCCUCCACAACCCUCUUCCUCCACCCCACCACCACCGCCGCCGCCGCCGCCACCCCCCUCCGCCGCUUCUCCGUCCGCGCCGCCCGCGGCAAGUUCGAGCGGAAGAAACCCCACGUCAACAUCGGCACAAUCGGCCACGUCGACCACGGCAAGACAACCCUGACCGCCGCCCUCACCAUGGCCCUCGCCUCCCUCGGCAACUCCGCCCCCAAGAAGUACGACGAGAUCGACGCCGCCCCGGAGGAGCGCGCCCGCGGCAUCACGAUCAACACCGCCACCGUCGAGUACGAGACCGAGAACCGCCACUACGCCCACGUCGACUGCCCCGGCCACGCCGACUACGUGAAGAACAUGAUCACCGGCGCCGCCCAAAUGGACGGAGCAAUCCUCGUCGUCUCCGGCGCCGACGGCCCAAUGCCCCAGACCAAGGAACACAUCCUCCUCGCCAAACAAGUCGGAGUUCCCAACAUGGUCGUCUUCAUGAACAAGCAGGACCAAGUCGACGACGAUGAACUCCUCCAAUUGGUCGAAUUGGAAAUCCGAGAACUCCUCUCCUCGUACGAAUUCCCCGGCGACGACAUCCCGAUCGUCUCCGGCUCCGCCCUCCUCGCACUCGAAGCCCUAACCGCAAACCCUAAAAUCAAAAGGGGCGAAAACGAAUGGGUCGACAAAAUCUACGCCCUAAUGGACGAAGUCGACAAUUACAUCCCUAUCCCUCAACGACAAACCGAAUUACCGUUCCUGAUGGCGGUGGAGGACGUCUUCUCCAUCACCGGCCGAGGCACCGUCGCCACGGGCCGAGUCGAGAGAGGCACCGUACGCGUCGGCGAAAUCAUCGACCUCGUCGGUUUAAAAGACACGAAAAGCACCACCGUGACAGGUGUCGAAAUGUUCCAGAAGAUUCUCGACGAAGCCCUCGCCGGCGACAACGUAGGGUUACUUCUGAGGGGUGUACAGAAAAUCGAUAUCCAGAGAGGGAUGGUUCUGGCGAAGCCCGGUACGAUUACGCCGCACAAGAAGUUUUCGGCGAUUGUUUACGUUUUGAAGAAGGAAGAAGGCGGGAGGCACUCUCCCUUUUUCGCGGGGUAUAGGCCGCAGUUCUAUAUGAGGACGACCGAUGUGACCGGGAAAGUGACGAGUAUUAUGAACGAUAAAGACGAGGAAUCAAAGAUGGUUAUGCCGGGGGAUCGUGUGAAGAUGGAAGUCGAGCUUAUUACGCCGAUUGCUUGCGAACAAGGGAUGAGAUUCGCUAUUAGGGAAGGUGGCAAGACUGUCGGCGCAGGUGUCAUUCAAGCCAUUAUCGAGUAGAAGGGUAUUUUGGUAAUUUACACUAGUGAGUAAAUGUUGAGCUUUUGCCUGAUUUUGAUCGAUUUUAUGUUGUGCUUAUGGCCGCAAGAUCUUCUGUUAAUUGUCGUAUAUGAUGGAUCGGAGGGUUUGGUUUUGUGUUGAUUGGCUUAUGCAUUAGUAGUGUAUUAGUUUCGGUGACGAACAUUUUCAAUGAAAAGUUCUACUUUCGUUCCGUUUGUUUGUGAUGUAUUCGAGCGAUUAAUAUUUGAUUAUCUGUCGAGGAAAUCGGAGUUUCUGUUCUUGUAUUCA